AUGGUAGAGAUGCAGGAUGAGUUUGAAACUUUAGAUGACUGGUUUAUCGAGUCCCUGAAAACGUACAAAGAUCUCCAUGUGUUUCAGCUGGAACACCCCACUCAGGUCAUCGAGUGGACUUCAGGAAAGACCGUCUGUGUCGCUGGCUACAGCUCUUCUAAAAAUGAAAUUUUGGAACUUCGUUUGCCACUGAAACUUUUUGCGGAUGAAAACAAGGGUCUCUGUGCAGAACGGGAUUUCAAAGUUGUCCAUGGUGGUUUUACAGAAGGUCCGACUCGCUGCUUGAAACACGUCCCAGGUACCAGGUGUGUUGUGACCAACGAUGGGCAGAACACCGACCUGCAGGUGUGGGACCUCGGAGGAGACGACAGCGAUGUGAUCAGGAGGACGGGAAGUGUUAAGGGAGGGAAUGUGUCAGAGACCGGCAGCAGGAUCGCAGCUCCACCUUCGACUCCACCUCAAGUCCUUCACGGAGCGCGAAGCAGCAGCGUCCAGCUGACGCAGCUGAUCUCAGGACAGACUCUUUAUAAACUCGAGACGAGUUCAGACAAACCUCUGAGCUCCUUACAGUUUGUGAGCGACUCCGUUUUUUUGGCCAGCUGCUCUGACGGGAGCGUUUACGUCGCAGACGCCCGGACUUCUGCUGCUCCUCAGCGUCUUCCUCCACCCACACCCUCAGACGAAUCAGGUGUCUGGUGGACAGACACCUCUGUAGCUCCACAGCAGGCUGACUGCAAGCUUGUCAGACUCUCCUCCUCUGGACGGGCAGUCGUGUCAGAUUGGAGGAGUUUGGGAGGCGUCGUGUGUCAGGCUCAGCUGGACAUCCAGACACGUCCCCACGAACUGAAGGACGUGACGGUGUCCUGGGCUCCGACGCUGGACGGAUACAUCUCAGUGUCAGGUCGGUGUUUACACACACUGAUGCAGAUUUAA